UGGGCGGAAGGGCUGCGAGGAGCAGCUGCCCCCUGCGCCUGGAGCGACUGUUGCUGUGGCUGCUGGGGCUCUGCAGCUGGACCGCUGCCCUGCGAGGGCCUGAAGCAGCUGCAGUGUGCUAGGAAGGGGGACAGGAAGAAUGCUUUGUGGUGGGUGGUACGGAUCAGCUGGAGGAAGUCCUUACGAAGUGAUAACAGUGAAGCCCUUCCAGAGUCUCUCCCAUCUGCUCCUGGAACGCUGCCUCAUUUUAUGGAGGAACCAGAUGAUGCCUACAUCAUAAAAAGCAACCCCAUUGUCCUGCGCUGCAAAGCCAUGCCAGCUAUGCAGAUCUUCUUCAAGUGCAACGGGGAGUGGGUCCACCAGAACGAGCACGUGUCUGAGGAGAGCAUGGAUGAGACCACAGUUGUGUCUAAACCAAAUGAAAAGAGCUGUACCUUCUCCAUGAGCAAAAUGGAACUGCCCCAAAAGACUGAAUGUUCUCCAGAGGGACUGAAGGUUCGAGAGGUGUUCAUCAAUGUUACGAGGCAACAGGUGGAAGAUUUCCAUGGGCCAGAAGAUUACUGGUGUCAGUGUGUUGCAUGGAGCCACCUGGGGACCUCCAAGAGCAGGAAGGCUUCUGUCCGCAUAGCUUGUGAGUAA